ACUAUCGACCGCUUUCGGGCGAAGAAACGCCUUUACUUAUAUAUAUAUAUAUAUAUAUGUAUGUGUAUUGUAAGUAAUACAGAAUUCACCGUAUACGCACAGUUGUCGUCUUUGCCGUUGACGCAUAGAAAAGAGACGAUUUUUUUUGUCGUGUCCUAAUUGUGUUUCUAUAUUGAAAACACACACACACACAACGAAUACAGGACAACAUCGUUAUCGUUGUAGACGACAAUAAUUUUGGUCGACCGAAACUUGGUUGGAAUACAGCUGUCGUCCGGUUCUGGUUUUUGCAAGACAACAAAAAACCUACAAACCCGACAUCAUGUCUUCGUCCAAUGCCAACGGUACAGAUCCGCAAAAAAAACCCGACGGGGUAGACUCGAAACCCGAGGGGUCAAACCCUGAAAUCGAGGGGUCAAACCCUGAAAUCGAGGGGUCAAACCCCGAAAUCGAGGAGCCCGACUCGCUAUCUGACGGGUAUGACCCGGAACCACCCGAGGGGUUUUUUGACGAGGACCCCAUUUACAUAGACCUUACGUUAGAAAAUGAUGAUGAUGAUGAUGAUGAUGAACAACCAUCCCGAGCCGAUUUUUUACGUGGUAUGGACGUGGACACUCUGAUGCAGGUCAACCACCAGGAAAGAGGCGAUUUGGUAGAGCUGGUGAAGUAUGAACUAAACGAUCUCCAAAAACGUAAGGACAUUGAUAAUGUGCUUUUGAGCAAAUUUAACACCUAUUGGAAUCGAAUGAUCGACGAGCUAAACGAAGCGAUGCAAGAUCUUGACUGUGAACCACCAGUGCCGUCGUUUGUCUGUCAAAGCUUCAGCGCAGAGGCACUACGAUAUAGUGUUGCCCGAAACGAAAUCUUGCUUCCGGGUUAUGCCAAAACUGUGGAAGACUCUAAGACGGCUAUGGGCAAGGUGGUCAACGGGUUUGCCAAAUUGUCGCAACAAAACCAAAGAAUGACACGUCAACUUUUUAAAGCUAAAUUUACAGAUAGCCAACUGGACAACAGUUUGAAAGCACUCCAAUUAAAUUCUCAAAUGCACUCUAUGAGCGCCGCCAUGAUCGGGGGGUAUCGCAACCGCCUCUUUGAAUUGACCAGUCAUGUGGACAAGCUCAGGGAAGUCGAAUACGCCAUAAAAACUUUGAAUGACAAGAUAGAUGGUUUACAAUGUGAAAACCAAGCCGUCGCACUGUGCAACAGGGAAUUCAGAGAACGUAUAGCCAACUACCCGGGCAAUGAAGGCGAAUCACAAAUGCCAAUAUCGUCGGAAGAAUUGGUCGAAGCGUUUCGAGAAGGCUUCUAUGAAAAUCCCUUAGCAAGGUUUUCGGAUCAUGCAUGAUCAACACUUCUGAUUUCACACUCAGGCCGAGCAAAAUUUUGGCAAUUCAGCAUACCAAAAUCGGACGGUGCAAUGUUCUUCUCGCCCAUCGUUGUUGUCGUCCUAAUCGGCUUAUUAUGCAUUAUGGCGCAAGCGUUUAAACAUUCGGUUGAAACCCAAUGUUUUUUAAUUAAUUAUUUCUCGAGUAUAGGCAUAUAGGAGACGGUUUUGUGUGUUUUUGAUCUUGACUUUUCUUUUCUACUAAAACAAUUGCACGAUAUACACAGUGUAUUUAAUAUUUGUUUCCAAAAAUAUAAUAUAAUAUUACUCUAGUAUACAAUAUAUAAUAUAAUAUUAGCCAAUUUGAAUAAUAGAU